AUGUCUUCCGAAUCUCUCACCCUCAUCUCCGCCACUCCCUCGCCGUUCGCGCGCAUGAACCGCAUUGCGCUGCGUCUAAAAGACAUACCGUUCGAGCUCCAAAACGAAAUACCAUGGGAGUCCCAAACGCAGACGCCCAAAUACAACCCGCUUGAAAAACUCCCCAUCCUCAUAUUCCCUAAAAAUGACCCGCGCCCCCCCGUCUACGAAAGCGCACACAUCCAGACCUACAUUGUCGAAAAGUACGCCGACCGCGGCCCAAGACUGAUCCCAGCCGACCUCGACGGGAGCCUGCUCGCGAAGCAGAUCGUCGUGCUCGGCGUCGGAUGUAUGGAUGCCAUGGUGCUCAUGCGCUGGGAGGCGCGGCGCGAUCAGGCACAGCAGAGUCCGAAGUGGGUUGAGCGGCAGAGUCGCAAAGUGGAUGGGGCGUUGCGGGCGUUUAGCGAAUAUGCGGAGGCGGCAGAGAAGGAGGGCAGGGGGUUUGUGGUCGGGAGCGAGUUGAGUGUGGCGGAUAUUGCGGUUAUUUGUGCCAUUGGGUUUAUUGAUUUUGGAGACGUGAGGCCCGGGUGGAGAGAGAAGUAUGCGGUGCUUGCGAGGUAUUUCGAUCGGCUGGAUGCGCGGGAGGAGUUUGAGGAGACGAGGCCCGUUAUGUUCAAUUUGACGGAGAAGGUUGUCUAG